ACAAAAAGUCAAUCAAGGGCAUUUAAAUAUGUUUAAUCUGGACAGAUAAUCGCCUUAGGCUUUAGUCUGUAAAUGACCUGAAUGACAAUCAAUAUGGGGGAUGAGGCAACCCUAAACCGUAUCUUAAAUGGAUGCUUUGAGAACCUACCAAAGCAGGAACACACUGCAGUCCGUGUGUUUAUCAGUUCUACGUUCACUGAUAUGACUAUGGAAAAAAACUAUCUGAUGAAACAUAGUGUACCUAAAAUAAGGGAGUAUUGCUUAAAACAAGGAUUGGAUUUUCAGAUAGUAGACUAUUGUUUAGGAGUGAAGGACGAGACAUCAGUAAAUCAUAGUACAACAGAUCUUAUUUUAGAAGAAGUUGAAGUAUGUAAGAAAACAUCCAAAGGACCAUAUUUUGUGUUCUUUCUUGGUGACAAGUAUGGGCUUAGGUCAUUACCAAGCAAGAUUGAAGCUACAGAAUACAAAACUUUAUAUCGUAUAGCAGCAAAGCUUGAUUUUGAUACAAUCUUGCUGAGUAAAUGGUACCAAAGGGAUGACAAUGCUGAACCCGCUGUUUUCUGCCUUCAACCAAUCAUAGAUAUCCUCCCUAACUAUAACAACGAGGAUCCUGGGAAAUCCUCCCAGUCUCUUAGAGAUAAGGAUCGUAAAGAAUGGGAUAAAACUAGUGACAAAUUGAUGACAUGUUUACGAGGUAGUGCAGACAAGGCUUUAGAGGAGAAUCGUAUUACAAAAGACCAACAUCUAAAGUACUUUUACUCAGUUCUAGAGGCAGAAGCAUUGGCAGGAAUUGUUAAAAGUGAUAAUACGAGAAACAGGGUCUUGGUACAUUUCAGAACAUUUGGAGAUUUAAACAAAGAUGAUGAAAUAGCAGGAAAAUUCACUGAUCUAGAGAAAAAAGAAAUGUAUCCUGGUCAAAUGGAAGUCGGCAACAAAAUAGAUCAAGAAGCUAAAAUAAUGAGGGAAAACCUUAAAAAGAAAGUAAAAUCAGUUCUUCUUCCAAAUGCGAUGAGAAAAGACAUUUUGUAUUGGACACGUAAUGGUAUAGACCCUUACAAUGAGGAUCACAAGACAUACCUCAUUAAUCUUGAUAAGCAUUUUGAACAUUCCAUUAUAAACAUGAUAGUUAAAACAAUGAAACCUACUAGUUCAAAUGAAGAUGAUUUGAUUGUGGAAGAAAUACUAAAUCAUUUGUUGUUUGGUCAGAAGGAAAUAGAAAAUUUCUGUGGACGAGGAGAAAUUUUAGAAGAAAUAAAGACAAGAAUGAGCGAUUGUCAUGGUAACGAAGAUGAUGAAAAGUCGAUCCAAAAUGUAAAUAAUGAAAACAACAAUUGUCUAAAGGUAAAAACCAAAGAAGAUGAAUAUUUUGUAACUGUUAAAGAAGGAAUGAAAGAAAGUGCUGCGGAAUGUAAGGAUAAGAGUGUUAUAUAUACAUACGGAGAUAUAGAUAUGGAUGAAGAUUCUGAUCCAGAGAGGAACCAGAAACUAGAACUUAUAAAUUCAUGUGAUCUGAUGGAAUAUUGUCGUCCUGUCAUAUUGUAUGGAGAAUCUGGCAUUGGCAAGACAGCAAUAAUGGCAAAAGUAGCAGAGUUAUCAAAGUUAUGGUUCCCAGGGUGUUCUACUAUUAUCAGGUUUCUUGGUACUUCCAUUGGAUCUUCCUCGUUACGUGGUGUCCUGUGUAGCAUAAUCAGACAAAUAUGUAAAAUCAGUAACAUUACACUUCCAUCAUUCCUAGACCUCCAUGGGGAUUUCAUGUAUGUCACACGAUUCUUUGAAUCUUUGCUCAAUAGAUAUGAAAGUUCACAGAAAUUAGUUAUUUUACUUGAUUCGAUUAACCAGUUAUCCUGUCAUGACCAUGCUUAUCUCAUGAACUGGCUUCCACUUAAGCUUCCAAAAAACAUUCAUCUUGUUGUAUCUAUGUUGCCAAAAGCAAAUGAAUGUCUUCAAAAUAUCAAAAACAGAUUCCCUUUUCAGCUGCAAUUCAUUGAAGCUCCUAUUUUGCCAUUAGAUGCCGCUGAUUUGGUAAUUACAAAAUUCUGUCAGCACAAGAAAAGACGAGUGACAAAGCCCCAGAAACGUCAUAUUCUGCAAUUGUUUGGAAAAUGUGGCAAACCUUUGUAUUUAAAAAUAUUAACAGUCAGAGCUCUUCAGUGGAGAUCCUUUACAGAAGUCCAAGACUUCAAGGUUGGGCCUACUCUGCAGGCAGCUAUAACUCUAUUCUUUGAUGAACUGGAGAAGAAAUAUGGUACAGUUGUUGUUGAAAAAUGCUUUGGCUUUUUAAGUACUAGUAAGGAGGGUUUGAGCCAUGCUGAGAUAGAAGAUUUACUCUCAUUGGAUGACGAGACUCUACAGAACAUCUAUCUGUCUCACUUACCACCUGACCCUGACAAUAUACAGAUCCCGUCAUCUCUAAUGUCUCAACUCAUCAAAGAUACCAAGGAGUACAUGUUAACACUGAAAUCUGGAGGCAAGAAUGUCAUCAGAUGGUACCAUAGACAGUUUGAGGAGAUCUCAAAGAAAAGAUAUCUGAAAAACAAAGAUGAGGCAAGUUUCCAUACAACUUUGGUGGAAUACUUUAGUGGAACAUGGUUCAACAAAGCCAAGCCUCUUGAAAUCACGCAUAAAAGGAAAGUUUGUUAUUCAAAAUCAAAACGUGGGGUUCCAGACCAACCUCUUUACUACAGUCCUUCCCAAUGUAAUGUAAGAAAGCUGAUAGAAUUACCCUACCAUCUGAUCAAAUGUCACAUGUUUAAAUGUUUCCAUGACGACAUAGCUUGUAGUUUUAAAUGGCUACAUGCCAAGUGUAAGUUCGUUUCUGUUUCAAGUAUGGUUGAAGAUUUGAAAAUUGUGCUGGCUGAAAUGGAUGCUGCAGGGGAUAUUGAUAACACUGUGAUAUACAAUGACAUCAAAAUUGUUCAUCAGAUGUUAACUGCUGGUAGUGAAGACAUUAGGAAAGACAACUCUCAUUUGGCAAUACAGAUUCUUGGCCAAUUUGGUUCAUCAUUUUAUAGAAGUUCUGCAUUGAGGAAACUUGUAGAAGAAACAAAAGAAUGGUCAGAGAGCUGUAACAUAGCCUUGUUACUUCCCUUGGCUCAAUGUCUCAAUUCUCCUGAUGGUUACAUGAACUUUUUAAUCAGGGCUCAAGUAUGGAUGCCAACAGGAGUUGAUGUUUGGAAACAAUAUGGUGAAAUGGUACAUCUCGAUGAAAGCACUGGCAUGUUAACUGUUGUAGAGGUUCUCAAAGAUAGGUCACAUGACUACUUGUCCAGAUUUGACACAAAUGAUAAUUGGUCUACAGUAUUUUCACAAAAGUUAGAAUAUAAAGAUACCACCUCUAUUCAUCAACCAAGUAACAGCAGAUUCAUAAUUCUUAGACACUCAGAGAAAGAUGGACAUUUUGACAAGUUAAUCAGGUCUGAUACUCUUGCUGAAAUCAAUAUAUCAGACCAGACCCAAUGUAUAACUGCAUCUGAUAAAUAUGUGGUGUACUCUUCAAUGAACAAGGUCAGUGUAUGUAUGAUAGGAGAAAACUUAGCUGCUAUAUCUGUUAUUAAAUCUCUGGAAUUGGAUGGAGGUGAAAAAGUUCAACAUUUACUGCUGUCCUCUGAUAGCAGGUAUCUUGUAGUUUUUUUUACACUAUGUGUGUAUAUUCUAUCAUCUGAAACCCUUGAGAUAUUGUACACAGAUAAAGCAGAGUCUAGUGACACGAUAUAUAUGCAAACUCAUCCUACUAUUGCACAUAUAACAGAAAACAACAUACUUUUCUACAAAGGUAUUGGGGUUGGAAGACACAACAGCAUUUGCAUGUUUGACCUUGAAAACAGUAAAGAACUUCAUGCCAUGUGUCAUUCACAGAAAUCUCCUCCAAAGUUCAUCUCACAUCACCCAUCACACAAAUAUACAGCAAUUGUCACAGAUAAAAGAUGGUUUAUUCACGAUUGUGAGAAUGGAAAACUUGUGUCUGAAUGUCCACAAGAUCAUUGUGGCGAUGAUGGGGUCGCUCGUUUGCAGUUGUUUGGAUCAGAUAACAUAUUUGCUGUGACCACCCCAUCAAAGGCGAAAAUCAAUGAUAUAACAAUAUUUUAUUGUGGAAAUGUUGACAGUCCAUUGCAAGAAGUUGUGCCUUUCCUGUCAUUGAAGGGUCACAGUAAGGAAAUAAACCAACUGAUCUUUACGAAGGACGAGAAUACAUUAUACUCAGCAUCCCAAGACUGUACCAUCAGAGUUUGGAACUUUGAAAAAGUGAUCACAGAUUUCCAUGCUAAAUACUUAAAACAGGAUGACAUGUUUGAUUCAGAAAGAGCCCUUGAAGAUUACAACAAUCAAAAACAAGUUUGUUCAACAAAUGCUGUCAGGAUCAGUUGUGACAGUAAGACAGUAUUGUUAGGCAAGUCCAAUGGACACUUUGCUGUGAAGGAUUUAAUCACUGGUGAAUGUAUACAUGAGCAAGAUUAUCAGAAAAGCAUCAAAAUAAUGCUAAUAUCAAAAAGUGGGAAAGAGAUUAUUCUGAUCCCAGAGACAGAAGAUGACAUAAUAAUUCUAAAUUCUACAACAUAUGAAGUAAAGCAGAGACUGAUCGUUGAAUUUCCUGUUCAUUCUGCUGCUGAGGCCAAUGGUAUAUUGGUGGUUGGACGACAAGGAUUUUUAUCCUUUGAAACUGAAGGAAAAAUAUUCAACAUUAAAGAUGGUUCAAUGAUAAAAGGAUUUCAGCAGAAGUGUUUUAAUUCUCUCACUGAAGUGGCCAUUAACUCCACUGGUACAAAGGUUGUUACCCACAUUGAUGCUUUCCCAUUGGUCAUUCCUGUGAAUGGAGAUGGUACUCAAUACAAGAAUCUAGCAUUACAACACUCUGAUGAAUGUAUGACCAUAUGUUCAGGUGUUGAUGUCAGCCCUGAUGAUAAGUAUGCAUUCUCAAUAUCACCUGAUGGUGCUGUCCGUGUCAUUAAAAUGUCGGGAGAAUAUGCCAUGAAGUUAGACACCAAGUCAUCUGUAACUGCAGCUACUUUCUCACCAGAUAGCAAGUAUAUUGUGUCAUGUGGUUUUAAAACAAUCUACGUGUGGAAUUUACCACAAGGAAAAUUAAGCUUUAAAUUGAAAAAGCAUGAUGAUUUUGUCAACACGGUCAAAUUUGAUCAUUCUGGUCGAUACAUCCUGACCUCAUCAACAGACAAACAUCUGAUACUUUGGGAUUUGAGAAGACGAGUAACAGUAUCUUCCUUUGUAGCUGAUUGUCAAUUAGAAGCAGUUGAUCUGUCACAAGAUGCUAAAAACGUUGUGUUUGUUCCAAAAGAUAUUGCAGACGUUGCCAUUUUGAGGUCAAACAAUUUGUUGUCGAGUAUGAUUGAAGGAAAGCGCCGUUUACCAAUUACACAAAAACUUGUAGAUGCUCAGGCAAUGGCUUUAUCAUUCUCAAGUCAGAAACUGAGACAAAGAGAGGCUACAAGAAUAGGUUGUCAAGUCAUGUAA